AUGGCCGGCCUCGGCAGCGGGUACGGAGCUGCUGCAUCUGUUGCUGCCGCCGGUGGAGGAACAGCAGGAGCAGUAGCGGAUGAGGACGAGCCUAAGGUGCUCGUGGGCAACUUGAUCGGCGAGGAUCACGUCAAUUACGUGCUCAUGUACAAUAUGCUGACGGGCAUCCGGAUUGGUGUAUCGAGGUGCCAGGCCAAGAUUAAGCGCGCGCUGACGGACGAAGACUACCAGGCGAAGCACAAGUUCACUUUUGACAUCAUCGGAAAUGAGCUGACACCAUCAGCAAAGUAUGACUUCAAGUUCAAGGACUACGCUCCUUGGGUCUUCCGCGAGCUGCGCGAGUACUUUCACCUCGACGCUGCCGACUAUCUGCUCUCGCUGACGGCUAAGUACAUUCUCUCCGAACUCGGCUCACCGGGCAAGUCUGGCUCGUUCUUUUACUUUUCGCGCGAUUACCGUUUCAUCAUCAAGACGAUCCGGCACUCUGAGCACAAGUUCCUCUUGAGAAUCCUCAAAGACUACCACGAGCACGUCAAGGCCAACCCGCACACUCUCCUCUCGCGCUUUUACGGCUUGCACCGCGUCAAGCUGCCGCGCGGGCGCAAGAUCCACUUUGUCAUCAUGAACAACCUUUUUCCCCCGCACCGCGACAUACACGAAACGUACGACCUUAAAGGAAGCAUCGUCGGCCGCGAGUACGACGAGGAAAAGGCCAAGCUGAAAAGGGGCGCCGUGCUCAAGGACAUCAAUUGGCUCCGCCGCGAACGCAAGAUCGAGCUCGGGCCCGAAAAGCGCGCCAUCUUCGAAGCGCAGCUCAAAUCAGACGUUGCGCUGCUCGCGCGCCUCAACAUCAUGGACUACAGUCUGCUGAUCGGCCUGCAUGACAUGCGUCGCGGCAACCGCGAGAACCUGCGGCAAGAGAAGCUGCAGAUGUUUCAGCCGGAUACGACGUCAUCGCAGAUGCCCAAGCUGCAACACGUGCCGUCGUGCAAGAAUAAGCGGCUGCACGAGAAGGAGGCGUUCGCUCUGCGCGCUGCCGUUCGGCGCAGCGACCCCAAGAGUCUCGUCGCGGACACGCAGCUGCCGACGAAGGACUCGUCCGAGCGGCGCCACUUUGUCUUUUACCAGGACGAAGGCGGCUUCCGCAGCACGAACGAGGCAAACGAGCCGACCGGAUGGAUCUACUACCUCGGCGUCAUCGAUCUCUUCACGCCAUACACCAGCGUCAAGCGCGGCGAGACAUGGUGGAAGAGCUUCACGCAGGACCGGCACCUAAUCAGCAGCGUCCCGCCAAAGGAGUAUGCCGAUCGCUUUUUCAAGUUCAUGAUGAUGUGCACCGAUCGCGCGAAGGGCUGGCCCGGGUGGCAGAAGUACGGCAAGUCAUAUUCGAACGCGAGUGCAAUUGCGAGCGCAGAUGUGGACGGGGGCAUAUGCGUAGGCGCUCCCGAAGGCGAGAAGGCUGCAGAUGCGGGCGAGCAGCAGCAAGGAGGGAAAGAUGAGAAGGGUGUCUAG